CCGGAACAGCAAUUCUGUGAACCAAUCUCGCGCUUUUGCACCGCCUGUGACCCCCUUUGGCCGUUUCUAAAAGCACAAGCACCGAUUGGAAUCUGCAGCAAUGCCUGCAUUGGUGUUGUUUGGGAGGCGGCUUCUUAUUGCAAGCGACGAUGUGCCGUUUUUCGUGUUUCCCAUGGCGCUCUUUCACACUGUAUGGGCCAGCGUCCUGAUUGCAGUGCUGUACAUCUAUGCAAAGGACGACUGUGCAGAAGAGGCAGACUACUUGCCUUUCUUGGCAGGCGCGGCAGGGGCUUUCAGCUUCUCGUCCAUCAUCGAGUGGACUCUGCUUGCGCUCGGGUUGCGAGGCACGCCGCUCCAGACCAGCAGCCGCUCCGCCAUGGGUCCGCUGCUGUACCUGCACGGCUUCGCCUUCGCCGCCGAGCUGGCGUUCGCGGCGGUGGGCACGCGGCUGUUGCACGUGGAGUCGCGACUGUGCCCGGGCGCGGCGUGGAGCCCGCGGCCGCUGGCGGCGGCGCUGGUGGGCACGUCCUGGGCCGUGAUCGCGCUCAACAUGUCCAUCACCUCCAUGGCACUCAACCCCUGGCACGGGCUGGGGGUGGUGGAGUCGUGGGAGGCGCGGCUGCUGUGGCUGGCGCGGCUGCUGUGCUGCAAGGUCGGCCUGCUCACGCGGGCGCACGUGCCCGACCGGGACCCCGCCCUGAAGCGCAUCGCGGCGCUGACCAGUCACCUGCUGCAGCACGUGGACCUCACACUGUCCGACGUGGCGGCGGCGCUGCUGCUGGUGGCGGCGGCGCAGCGCGAGCGGCGGCGGCGCGCGCUGCGAGAUGCCAUGGUGGCGGCGGCGGCGGCCUUGCGCCCCGCCGGCGGCGGCGGCGGCAGCGGAGCUGCGAGCGUCGGUGGCGGCGGCGGCGCCGGUGGGGUUGGUGCUGCAGUGGCGGGGGGCGCUAGCAGGAGCAGCGUGAGCGGCACGGCGACGCCGGCGCGUGCGGCGCUGGUGACUUGCGGCAGCCUGGGUAGCGACCUGUCGUUGCCGGUGUCACCCAGGGUGCGGGGUAGGCCGGGCGGCGGCGCACCGGGGCCGGCAGGCGCCGGCGGUGCUGGCGCGACGUGGGUAGCGGGCCGCGUUGAGGCGGCGCGACGGGCACCUGCGGCAUCUGCGUCGGCGGCGGCAACACCGCCGUCUCCGGGUUUGGAGGGUCAGGAGAUGCUCAGCGGCCGCACCUACACGGACUGGAGUGCUGAGCCCACGCCCACAUGCCGGCCGCUCGCGACCGCGGCCUGGGAGCCGGCGGGGCCGUUUGGCGGCGGGCUGCCGCCGGCGGCGACGGAAGCGGGCAGGGGCUCGGGGCUGGGGUCGGGGUCGGGGUCCGGCAGUGCGCCCGUGUCGCCGUUCCUUGCAGUGCAGGGGGACGAGGCGGUGGCGGGAGCCGGGCAGGCGCCGCCGCCGACGUCUGCUGCUGCUGGUCAUGUUAGUGCUGGUGGUGCGGUGGUGGCAGCAGGCGCGGGUACAGGCACGGCAGGGAUGGCUGGAAGCAGCACUGGCGGUGGUGGCGGCGGUGGCAGCGGAGCCCAGGCACGGCGCGGCAAGGGCGUGCGCUUUGCCGAAGGCGCUGCAGACGGCCCGUCGUCACCGCGGCCUACUGCCGCAGCCAACACCGGCAGCAGCAGCAGCAGCAGCAGCACAGCUCCCACGCUCGCGCCAACCUCGGAGCCGGCGCCAGCGGCGCCAGCGGCGAUGCCGCCGGCUGCAGAGCCGGGCAUCCCCACCCGGUCUGCUGUGGAGCUGGCGGCGGCGCUGCACCUGCAGCCUGGCCGCGCUGUGAGCCUGCUGCACCCAAUGGUGCACCUCACGCCCGCAGGCAUGGAGGAGCAUAUUGAGGAGCUAGCCGGAGAGCUGGCGGCGGAGGUGGCGGCGGAGGUGGCGGCGGCGGCCGCAGAAGCGGAGGCGGGGGCGGAGGCGGGGGCGGAGGCGGAGCCGGUGGUGCGCUCGUCCAACCUGACGUCUGUCCUGGAUCUGGACUUGGAUCUGGAUUCGGGGCGGCUGGAGCCGGGAGCAGCUGGUGGCGGCCGAGGAGGGUCGGCAAGCGGGACAGGGACAGGAAUGGACACAGGCGCGGGGACGGGGGCGAGGGCGGGGGCUGCGGAGAGUCCGGUGCAGGCGGCGGCGAUGGCAGCCACAGUGGCAGCGGCGGCGGGCGCGGACGCCGGCGGCGCAACGGCGGCGGCCGGUGCACCCGCGAGCAUUGCCGCGGCGGCCGUGGUCGCGGCGGAGGCGGCAGCCACGGUGCCUACGUCAGCAUCACACGGCCCGUCUGGGCUGCCAACAGCGACAGCGCUAGGGUCGGCGACUGCCGCGGCCGCGGCCACAGGCCCGGGAUCUGGUGUGCCCGGGGCGGCGGUGCCGCCGCCGCCAGCACCGGCGGCUGUGCUGCCUCCCAACAUGGAGGCCGUGAUCCGGCAGCGCAUCGGUGACGCGGCGCUCGCGGCGGCGUUUGCGGCGCGGCGGGAGCGAGUGGAUCUGGACACACUGGAGCAGGCGCUGGUGUAUGCGAGGUACUCGGAAGCAAUUUACGGCUUUGCCCCGCCGGGCGCAUCCGCACCUGGUCGUGGCGGCGCCGACGCGUCAGCGGAAGACGCGUCGGCGGCGCCCGCCAGCGGCCUGAGCGGCUGGUGGCGGCGGCAGCCGUCCCAGCGCCAUCUGGGCGCCAGCAGCAGCAGCAACAGCCGCGGUGGCGGUGGCGGCGGCGGCCGCUACACACCCCUGCCCACGUCGUCCUCCUCUGCCGGCACCCUGCACGCACUCGAUACGGCCGCGUCUUCAGCCGGCGGCACCGCCAGCGCCAGCAGCAGCUUCCCUGCAGCUCCUGCAUCCGGCGCUGCGGGCUCCGGCGCCAGCAGUGUGGGUGGGGCGCUGGGCGGCAUCCUGCGCUCCGCCCGCCGCCUGACGCCGCACGUGGUGCACGUGAACACCAGCAACAGCGCCGAGGGCUACCUGCCGUACAUGGUGUGCCUGGACGUGCCCACACGGAGUGUGGUGGUGGCUAUCCGCGGCACUUCCAGCGCCGAGGACAUCGUGACCGACUGCCUGUGCUCGCCCUACGACGUUCGCCACCUGCUGCCCAGCGGCCUGCUGGAGCGGGACAACGAGGCGGACGACGACCCGCAGGAGGGCGGCGGCGGCGCCGGCGGGGGCGGAGGCGGCAGCGCGCCAGAUGUUCCAGUUCUGGUCCACGGCGGCAUCUGGGCCGCUGCCGAGGUGAUUCUGGAGGACCUACAGCAGCUGGAGCUGCUCAGCACCCUGUUCCCCAGCCCGCCCGGAGCGGACCUUGCCGCCGCCUCUACUGCGACUGCGACUGCCACUGCCGCCGCGCCCGUUGUCGCCCUCGCCGAUGGUGCCUUGCCUGGUGCCGCGCCCAGCGGUGCGGCGCCAACGGCGCAUGCUGCAGCCCACCCGGGCCGCGGCUCCGGUGGUGGCAGCGGCGGCGGCGCGCCGCCGAGCGGCGCCUCCUCUCGCUUCACGAGGACCACUGCCACGCAGCCGAUAGCCGCUACCCGCCUGAUGCCGCCGCCGCGGGCGCGUGUGUCUGCGGGCGGCGGCGCGGCACAAAACGAAUCAGCAGCGGCUGCCGGCGGCGGCGCGGCAGCUGCCGGCGGCGGCGCCUCCGCCUCCGCCGCAUCCCGCCCUGCACCCGCUCCGUCUGCAGGCUCCGCCCCGGCCACGCCGUUGCUACCCAUGCCUAGCUCCGGUUCUGCAGCUACUGCUGCUACUGCCGCCGACGGUGCCGGUGACGGCAUCAGCGCAUCAGCCCCCGAUACAAAGGCCCGUCCCCUGCCGGAAACACACCUGCUGCCACAGAAUGGCAGCAGCGACGCCAGCGGCAGCGGCCGGCAUGGCUCCUCCAACCACCACCAUCACCACCACAGCCACGCGGACGCACCGCGCCUCUUCUCCGCGCAGCGCCAAGUAGCGCCCGCCUCCGUGCCGCACUUCCUCGCCAGCGGCCGCGGCGCCGCCGCCAGUCUCCGCGGCCUGACCUCAGGCCUAGACAGCUUCAUCUUCGCCGGCCGCCGUCGCUCAGCCGCGCCACAGCCGCCGCAGCUGCCGCUGGCGACGAUGCCGUCGCUGUCGGCGGCGGCGGCCGCUGCGGCGGCGGCGGCGCGGGGCGUGCAGCCGCGUCAGGCGCCGUCGCUGUUUGUGGGGCGGCGCGGCGCGUCGGCGACGCUGCCCGACACGACGGCGGCCGCUGCCGCGGCGGCGGCGGGGCUGGAGGUGCGGCAGCCGUCUGCAUGGGAUGUGUGGUGGACAGGCGCCAGUGGCCCGGCCGGCCCUGAUGCGGACGUGGAGGAGGGCGGUGCGGAUGCGGCUACAGGCGCAGCCGGAGCCGGGCGGGGCUGGCUGCUGCGCCGCGCGGUCACGGCGGCACCGGCAUAUCAGCGCCUGGCCUCCGGCCCCGUGCCACCCGGCCCUGCCCGCACGUCAGGCGCUGCAGGCCGGGGCUCGCGAGCGUUCCCUGCCCCUCCCUCGCACGCGCCGCCACUGUCGCCGCGCCCACACGCACCGGCGCCAGCACCCGCACUCGCACAGCCAGCGGUGGCGCCGGGCUCUCGCCGUCUGGGCUCCGCCAGCAGCGCCCACAGUGGCUACGCCUACACAGGGCUGGGCACCUCCACCGCGCCGCCGCCGUCGGCGCUGCAGCGCCUCAGUCGCCUGCUUUGGCCGCCCCGCGGCUCCGCGUCGGCUGCCUCGCAGCGCGGCGGCGGCCGCCGUGGCAGUGGCGGCGGCGGCGGCGGCUCGGCUGUUGGCGGCGCCGACACGGACGAAGAGGAGGACGCGGACGCUGGUCUGGAUGACGCAAGCAAGCCGCUGCUGUCACACGAGGCCGCCGAUGCCACGAGGCCGCCCACCCGCAAUGUGAUGCUGCGAGGCAAGGGUGCGCUGGCGUUGGCGCUGGCGGGCGCUGGGUUUGCAGAUGGCAGCAGGCCCGGCAGCGACGGCGGAGCCGCGCCUGGCAAGGCCAGCGGCACCGCCGCCGCGGCAGCGGCAUUGUCGUCGGCCGCCGCGGCAGCGGCGGCGGCAGCGGCGGAUGCGGGCGCGGGGCUGGGCUCGUGCAACUGGCGGCCGACUGCGGAGGUCGACCUGAAGGGUUGGCGGCUGGUAGUGACGGGGCACAGCCUUGGUGGCGGCGCGGCGGCGCUGCUGGCGCUGCGGCUGCGGGCGGAGCUGCCGCACGUUGAGGUCAAGUGCUGGGCCUUCUCGCCGCCGGGCAGUCUGGCAAGCCCGGCCCUGAGCGAGGCUUUGCGCCCCUUCGUGGUGGGGGUGGUGGCGGGCAAGGAUCUCAUCCCACGCCUCAGCCUGGGCAGCAUGGAGCGGUACCGCGACGAGAUGGUCACAGCGCUGGCCCGGUGCAGCUGCAGCAAGGUGCUAGUGCUGCUGGGCGCCCUCAGCCGCCGCAACCGCCUCCGCCGCGCCGCCAGCCUGCUGCUGCCGUACGACUCCGUGCCCGACCAGGCGCGGGCGGCGCUGCGGGCUUACCAUGAGGCAGUGCGGGGCGCAGGGCGACUGCCGGAGCUGCACCCGCCGGGCCGGAUCCUGUAUCUGCAGCCGUCCGCCAAGGGUGCGGACAUAGGCGGCGGCUUCGAAGGCGGCAGUGGGGCCGCGGCACAGCGGCGGCAUUACCGGCCGGUGUGGGUGUCUGCGGCGGAGCUGCAGUCCGAGGGCAUCCUGGCCUCCAGUCGCAUGCUGGUGGACCACUCGCUCACCUACACCACCCUGCCGGCUCUGGAGCAGGUGGUGGCGGAGGCGGAGGCGGAGGGAGCGGGGUGAGGGCAGCAAGCAAAAGGGCGGAGGGGCGGAUGGGUGCAAGGGGAUUGGGUGGAGGGGGGCUGAGGUAGGUAGAGGAAGCAUGGAGGCGAAGCGGAGCUGGAGGUGAGGAGUGAGGGAGGCAGUGUGUAGAGAGAGGUGUGUGGAAGCGGAUGCAGCAGGGAGACAGUGUCGAUGUAGUUACUUAGGCAGCGCUUGCAGGUGUCGGGACGCGCCGAGUGUUUGUGCAUCCUGGCGCCUGGUGUGCUUGUACAGUUGUGGUCUUUUCCCUGUUUGGCGCGUCGAUUUGGCGCUAAGUACUAUACUUGCGUAGGUAGAAAGCAUGCGGUUUGUGUGUGUUAGGGCAGCGGCGCAAGCUCCGUGUGUGGCGUGUCAAGUCACAUGGUGUUUUGUGUCGCGCAGCCCCCGGCUGAAUGUCUCUCGAUCUUCGAUUCAGUUGUAUCUGUAAUCUUGUCCUUUC